AUGGCUCGACAUCUAAUGAUGCAUCACCAUCAUCACAACAUCACCAUAACACUCACCAAGCAUCUCUCCCUGACCUUGCCCCAGGCAGCCAUGGCUGCCAUGACCUUGGCCCUGUGUGCAUUUGCCCUGUUCCUUUGUGCUUCACACGGUCGAAGAAGAAUAACAAGAUGGCGCAGACACUGGAGCUAUGGCUUCGUCCCCGACCCAGUCAUCCAGCUCGAGAACAAUGGCGCGAUGCUCGUGGACUCCGGAGUCGACGACGAUGGAGGCAGCAGCAUGUUUAGUAUGGAGCAGAGUGGGAUCAAUCCGGUGUGGAAGAAGAACAUCCUGAUGGGAGGGAAGUGUCAGCUCCCUGACUUUUCAGGUGUCAUCAUCUAUGACUCUGAUGGCAAUCACGUCGUUCCUCCUUCCAACAGAAAUCGCCCAAUGCUCACCUGGAAAUGA